AUGACGGACAGCAAGGACUUAGAAGCCGAGAUCCACCCCCUGAAGAACGAGAACAGGAAGGUGCAGGAACAUCUGGGAAACCCAGCGGGAAAGGAAACCAGCGUGCAGCCGCCCCCGCAGUCCCGCCUCUCCCGGUGCCGGACGGUGGCCUUUUUUCUUUCGCUGUUCGUCUGCCUUUUCGUGGUGUUCGUGGUUUCCUUCAUCAUCCCAUGUCCAGAGUGGCCGGCAUCACAGGGGGUGUGGAGGAUCGAUUACAAGGCAGCAGUCACCUAUGACUUUCUGGCCACAGAAGACGUGAACAAGGACAGGAUCCAGGAUGUUCUCUUUCUUUAUAAAAACACCAACAGCAGCAGAAGCAAUUUCAGCCUCUCUUGUGCUGAUGAAGGCUUUUCCUCCCCCUGCACCUUCGUGGCCGCUGUGUCGGGGGCCAAUGGUACCGUCCUCUGGGAGAGGCCUGUGGCCCAGAACAGGGCCCUCGUGGAGUGCGGUGUCCCCCAGCCGAGGGGCAGCGGGGCGUCUUCUGCCUGCAUCAUCCUCGGCAGACCUGGCCCUUUCAUUGCGGUAGACUCGGUCACAGGGGAGACCCUGUGGAGCCAUCCAAGCAGCUUCGGGGGGAACGUGUCCGUCCUGAGCCCUCUGCUCCAGGUGCCUGACAUCGAUGCUGAUGGGGUCCCAGACCUGCUGGUCCUCACCCAGGAGGAGAACCAGGUCAACGGCUACGUCUAUUCAGGCGGCACUGGGCAGCAAGUCGGCCCCCCGGGCAGCCUGGGUGUGGACGGGACCAGCGGCUCCAUCCUCUAUGUCACCAGUGCAGGUGCCCACUACAUCCUCAUCCCCUGCGGCAUCUCCCUCUGCAGCCACUCAGUGAAGGGCCUGUAUGAGAAGGCCACCGGGAGGGACAGCUCGCUCAAGAGCGACCCCCUCUGGGAGGGCAGGCUCAACGCCACCUCCCACAGGCUGCAGGAGCACAGCUCGGGAGCUGUCCGCUACCUGAUGAACGUUCCGGGGAAGGUGGGUGAGGACCUGCUUCUCGUGAGUUCCGAGGCCUGCGUGCUGCUGGACGGGCAGGAGCUGGUGCCCAGGUGGACCCUCGGUGCAGCCCAGAUCCUGAGAAAACCCAUCCUCGGCUACUACAAACCCGACACCCCAGCCAUGGUCAUUGAGAACGGGACCGGCUCCGAGAGACAGAUCCUACUCCUGGACCUCAGCUCCGGGGCUGUCCUGUGGAGCCAGGCUCUCCCAGGCCUCCCCAGAGACCCGCGGUCCGCCAGCCUUCCCACCGCAGACCGCCGCUCCGCCUUCUUCUUCUGGGGCCUCCACGAGCUGGCUGGUGCCAACCAGACGGAGCCUCGAGCCGCCGGGCACCGCCUGUACAUGUUCCACCCCACGCAGCCCGGAGUCCUGCUGGAACUGGCCAACAUCUCCACCCCUAUUGUCACCUUCCAGGUGGUUCUGCUUGAGCCGAGCCGCCACGCUGCCUACAUUCUCCUGACGGGCCCAGCCAGCCCGGAUCCACCCGGCCUGGUCUCCGUGGCCAAACACAAGGUGCGGGACCUCAUCCCGAGCAGCAAGGUAGUCCGCCUGGCUGAGGGUGGCCCCGACAGCGACCAGGCUGUCAGGGACCGGUUCUCUCGCCUGCGGUACCGGAACGAGGCCUAG